UUGUAAUUUCUAAGCAUUUUCUGCAAUUCUAAUUGGUUUUAUUGAGUAACUCGUGAAUAAAAUAAUAAUACAAGCACUACAUUUUAUACCAUAUUACUAGUUUUAAUGUAACGACACAUAGAAGAUGGUGGAUAUAACGAGAACUUGUCGAACAUGUAUGAGGAAUAAUUUGUCCUUAAUUGAUUUGUUUGGGCCAGUUAAAAUAGAGGAAAACUGCACACUUAAACUAGCCGACAUUCUCGAGGCAACUACUGCUCUUAGUAUAUCCAAAGAAGAUGGAUUACCGCAGUGCUUGUGCGAUGAAUGUGCUAAAAUUCUUCAAUUGGUUUAUACUUUUCGUACUCAAGCUGUGAGUGUGGAGGCAGAACUAAAGAAGCUAUUGGUAGCAGCAACACCUGUUAAAAAUGAGCAAGACACGGACAUAGACGAUUGGAGUCACAGCUAUUUCGACUCAUAUGAUUUACUAGAUGAUGUUAUACCAAAAAACGAAAAUGCGCCAGAGCAGCUAGUUUGCGAAGUAUGUGAGAAAGUAUUCACCCAAGAAAAAAAGUUUCUCAAACAUGUGCUCGCACAUAAAAGCAGUAAAUACAAAUGCCCUACCUGUACCAAGAGUUUUAGUAAAGAGUCUUCAUACAAAAAACAUUUGGGGACACACUGUAAAAAUGAAGAUUAUGACUCUUUACUGCAGAAUGAUCUACUAGCAAACAUAAAACAGGAAAAUGCUGAAUUUAAGUGUUCCGAAUGUCCAGAAUCAUUUAGAAAAGAGAAGGCGUUUUUGUCUCAUCUCAGGACGCAUAAUGUUUACAUGCAAGAUGCUAAGCCUUUCAAGUGCGACCACUGCGAUAAAAGUUUUACACGGAAGACAAUAUUGAGGAGGCAUAUCAAACUUCAUUCUGUCAUACAGCCCUACAAGUGCCCAAAGUGUUCUAAGACAUACUCCCGCCAAGACCAGUUUCAGAGUCACAUGAGAAAACAUAACGGAGACAAACCACACAUCUGUCCACACUGCUCCAAAGCAUUUUCUCAAAUAUGCAAUUUGAAAGAUCACAUAAGAAUACAUACAGGGGAGAUACCAUACCUGUGCUCAGAGUGUGGGAAGGGUUUCAACAACAGUUCAAACCUGCGGCAACAUCUCAAGCGACACAGUGGUAUUAAACCAUUCUCCUGCAAACUAUGCCCAAAAACUUUUACUACCAAAGGUCAAAUGAUGGGUCACAUGACAACUCACACUGGAGCCCAUCCGUACAAGUGCACGGAAUGUGACUCCGCAUUCACCAAACCCAACUCACUGAAGAAACACAAGCUGAUACACUUGGGCAUCAGGCCCUUCGCCUGCGACAAUUGUAAUAUGAGCUUCACAAGCAAGGACCACCUGAAGCGCCACUACCGCAUCCACACUGGCGAGAAACCGUACCAGUGCAGUCACUGCGACCGCGCCUUCACACAGAGCAACGACCUGGUCAAACACAUGAGAGGACACGUCGGACAGAACCUCUACCAAUGCAAAUUCUGCCACAUGAACUUCAGGCUAAUGCGGGAAUUGAAAAGCCACUAUCCAGUCCACUACCUCAACGGUACCAACACCGUAGACAAGGGUUUACUUCAGCUGAAGGACACGGAACCCGGAGACAAUAUCAAUCCUGAUGCUAGGAUCACCAUCACGUUCAACAAUGACCCCUAUAACAAGGAUGGGGUAGGUGGUAUAACUAUAGACAUAACGCCAGAAAAAACUGAUGCUAUUUGAACGUAACCUUGUUUAUAUUUCGAUAAUUCUCAUUUUUAACCGACUACGGCGAGGCUGAAAUUAUGUUAGUGAUGUUGCCACUCUAUGUACGUGCUCACAGUGAUAAUGCGCAUAGAAAUUUUCGAAA